CGAGUCUGUUUCGGUUCUAAUAUGAAGCUGAAGGCUAAAACCCUCUGGCAAUAAAGCCUCCAUUCAGACAAGAGUCGGUUCAUCGCGAAUUUAAGAGGAUUCAAAGUGAAAUGAAACUUACUUGAAGUGAAUCCAGUUUGAUGCCAGUGUCGCUUUAAUGGUUGUCGUGGCGGAGGAAGUGGACAGCUGCGACAACCUGAGACUUGGACAAUAUUUGUGUAACGAGCCAAAGAUAGACGAGAACACCCAGGAGCCUGAAAACUGCAGGGACACCACAGCUUGGGUGGAGUGUCUCCCAGCUCCAAAUAUCAUCUGCCGCCUUUCCAAUGGUACAGAGUUCAGGUUCAGUGGGAAGGAGGUGGGCUUUAACAAAACCAUUCCCUGCAGGAAUGUGAGCGGUUACUCUUACAAGGUGGCGGUGGCAUUGUCUCUAUUCCUCGGCUGGCUGGGUGCCGAUCGCUUCUACCUUGGAUAUCCUGCACUUGGGCUGCUGAAGUUCUGCACGGUCGGGUUCUGUGGCAUCGGAACGCUCAUCGACUUCAUCUUGAUCGCCAUGCAGAUCGUAGGUCCAUCAGACGGCUCUGACUACAUCGUUGACUAUUACGGUGCCCGCCUGACCCGCCUAUCAAUCACCAACCAGACGUACAGGAAGCCACACCUGUCUCUGUGAGGUCACGUGGAGACACUCAUUUUCUAAUGUCACUUUCUACAUCAAAGCCAGCACUAUCGACUUGAGAACUUGUUUCAACUUUAUGAAAAGGGUAAUAUCAUCACAACAUCUGAUAGCAAUGCACAGAUAGCAUGCCAAUGUACCCUGAGUGGCUGUAAGCACUAUAGUGACGUCACUAUACUGUAUGUGCGAUGAUCUUCUGACAUGAUUCAUGAAUGUGAUUCAUGCUGUGUAUAAAAUGUAAAUAAUGUCUUCAGUUUCCUCCAUAAGAAGAAAAAUAUGUCGUUUUAAAAUAAAUGUGACUUUAGUUAUAUGUACAGUGUCAUUUGUUAAGUUACAAAAUUGUAAAUAAAGUAUUUA